GUUCAUUUGUGUUGCAAAGGGUCGAAGUAUCGCGUUGAGCGCUUAUUACCGGGUAGCGCGCAACACCAUUGCCAUGUGGUUCAAGGAUCAGCAGCAGCAACAACAACCUUCCGGCGGACAYUCGUCAUCAACGUCAACAGCAGCAGCAGCAGUGGUCCGAGCUGAAGACGUUGAGUCACUCUACUGGAAAAACGUGCAGGAUAGGAAAAACCACAUAUGUGUUCUAUCUGGUUCAAUCGAUUCAGGARCUGAAGGCUAUGGGUUUCCAACAACCAAAACGGCCACAUUCACCAAACACCCAUGGAACCUGAAGGUGCUCACUAAUAACCCAGUGUCUGUGCUCAAGUCGCUGGGUCCAGUAAUGGGCAUGACUGUACCAACCAUACACAUGGGUAUGGUGUUCUCAGCGUGCUGCUGGUACAAAGAUCCCCAUGGGUUGCCGUGGAUUGAGUAUCUGCAUACCGGUGCCGACAAGGUGUGGUAUGGUGUUUCAUCCUGCCAAAGCGACCGGUUUCAGACAGCCAUGAAGCGCCUAUUGCCUCGAGCCGUAGCUGAAGGUCAGAACUACCACACGUGGCUGGCCGCAGAUAGCGGCAUGGUGCCGCCCACUCUGUUGCUAGAGCACGGAGUCACACUCACCCGGACAGUGCAAAAACCAGGCCAGUUCCUCAUUGUUAUGCCACGUGCUUAUACGUGCAAUGUGUCUACAGGUUAUGUUAUAUCCGAAAGCGUUUACUUUACACAGCCUGGUUGGCUCGAUGGAGCUGAGAAAAUUUUCCAGGACYUGCAAAAAAACUGUGAACCUGCAGCUUUUUCAUUUGAAAAGCUACUGAUAAACAUGUCCACAGACUCACGUACACCUCAAAACUUACUGAAACAGGUCUAUCAGAUCAAGGUAACGACCAGAUGUGCUCUAUAA